AAUGAUGUCUUGGCAAAAUAUCCUUUGCUCUUCCCACCAUGCACAGAUGAGUCAGCUUUCCACCAUAGAUGCAACCGACGUUUCAUGAGAUCUCGGCUAGAGUUGGGAAUCUAACUUUGCAUAAUCCCAAUUCCAUAAGCGGACAAAACAAUGAAGGCAUGCCCCCUAAUUUGAGUCCCUCUUCCCCGUUCCACUACUACAAGGCCCGGGCAAAGUCCGAGGAGCAGCAGCAGCAGGAGAUAGCAGUUAUUCCGAGGUGCAGCAGCAGCAGGAGAUAGCGGUUAUUCAACCGCAGCAAUAACUAUGGUGAAAGCCAUCAGGGUUCACGAACCUGGCGGCCCAGAGGUCCUGAAAUGGGAAGAUGUCGAAGUAGGGGAGCCAAAGGAAGGAGAGAUCAGAGUGAAAAAUAAGGCUAUUGGACUUAACUUCGUUGAUAUUUAUUUCAGAAAAGGAAUUUAUGAUGCCCCCUCACUGCCCUUUAUUCCUGGAGUGGAAGCUGUUGGUGUGGUGACAGCUGUGGGGCCUGGGACGGCUGGUAGAGAAGUUGGAGACCUUGUUGCCCAUGCUGGUCGUACAAUGGGUGCAUAUGCAGAAGAACAAAUAGUUCCCGUUGACAAAGCUGUACUGCUUCCUCCUUCUAUUGAUCCCGUAGUUGUAGCAUCUUGCAUGGCUAAAGGAAUGACAUCGCAAUUCUUGCUCCAUCGCUGUUUCAAAGUUGAACCUGGGCACAAUGUUCUUAUUCAUGCAGCAGCUGGUGGAGUUGGGUCUCUGUUGUGCCAGUGGGCAAAUGCUCUUGGUGCAACUGUUAUUGGAACUGUUUCAACUCAACAGAAGGCUGCUCAAGCAAAGGAGGAUGGAUGCCACCAUGUUAUAAUCUACAAGGAGGAGGAUUUUGUCAGUCGUGUACAUGAGAUAACAUCAGGCAAAGGAGUUGAAGUUGUCUAUGAUUCUGUUGGGAAGGACACCUUUGAGGGAUCACUAGCAUGCUUGAAGGCUCGAGGGUACAUGAUCAGUUUUGGGCAGUCGUCGGGGAUACCAGAUCCAGUUCCUUUGUCUGCUCUAGCAGCAAAGUCUCUAUUCUUGGCAAGGCCGUUGCUGAGGCACUACAAUUUGACUCGUGAAGAGCUGCUGGAAACUGCUGGAGAAGUAUUUGCGAAAGUGGCAUCAGGUGAACUUAGGGUCCGUGUAAAUCAUACUUAUCCUUUAUCCCAGGCUGCUGAAGCUCACUAUGAUCUCGAGAACCGUAAAACAUCUGGCUCUGUUGUUCUUAUACCAGACGCCGUUGAUCAGUGAUAGCGUGGUAAUGGUAUCUUCCAGUGAUACGUCCAGCUCACUAUUCAUUCCGCUUCUCUGUAAUGUAUUAUUUUUAGUGAGUACUUUUAGGCUGCAUGUGACUAUGUGAGGAGAUGAAUGGUUUGAAUUUAUGGGCUGGGAUGCGAUGUGUUUAGGCCUGUAACAUUUAGUCGUCAGUAAUAAUGCUACAGAAAUAGUGCCGGUGACGAGGGUUUGUGUGCGAGAUGGGCUUUUUGAUGUAAUGCCUUUAUUUUGGGUUGGGGCAA